GUUUUCAGGAACUUGUUUGUUUUGUGGCACGUUUAUAGACAGUAUUUAGUGUAAUUUUGGGCUAUAAACUACAAAUUGAACGCCGGAGUAUAGUAAGUUUGAAUACUUGAUGUCUUCGUAAUACAAUGUUGGAAAUACAUCAGACAUGUAUUCCUUUCUAGUUCGGGAGAAAAUUUUACCUAUGAGAAAACUAUAAGCUAUGAUCCUAAUAUUGGUCGAAACAAGACAUGUGUGCACAUCGUGACCUGAAACCAUCCACCAGAAAACCAGUAAUGCCGUUCAAACGUGCCACACCCGUCAAAUGUGAAGUGUGUUCAAAGUGUUAUAAAAGUAAACACAAUCUAGAAAUACACAUGCGCGUCCAUACUAGAGAAAGACCGUUUAGAUGUGGACUGUGUUUGAAGGAUUUCUUUACCAAGAGUAACAUUCUACAGCAUAUGUACAUCCACGCUGGUGGAACAUUUACAAAAUGUGAAAUCUGCUCAAAAUGUUGCAGGAGUAUAUACGAUCUAGAAAUACACAUGCGCGUUCAUACAGGAGAGAGACCGUUCAAAUGUGGAAUGUGCCUGAAAGAUUUCUCGUACAGGAGUAACAUUAUACAACACAUGUGGCUUCACGCUGAAGAGAAACACACGUGUGAUGUGUGCAAGAAGAAUUUCGCAAACAGCGGUAGCUUGAAAGCUCAUGUGUUGGUGCAUGCUGGUAGAAACUUCAGGUGUGAUGUGUGUAAGAGAACGUUCUCCGAUCACUGGAAAUUGAAGGCUCAUGCUUUAAUACACUCUGUCAAUAAGCGUUUCAAAUGUGAGAUGUGCACGAAAGAAUUCACACUGUCUACAGACUUAAAACACCACGUGAGGGUUCAUUCUGGUGAGAAACCUUUCAAAUGUGAUUUGUGCACAAAAGGAUUCACACUAUCUACAGACUUAAAACGCCAUGUGAGGGUUCAUUCUGGUGAGAGGCCUUUCAAAUGUGACAUGUGCACCCAAUGUUUUUCUAGGAGUUCCAAUUUAAAAGUUCAUAAAAUGCUUCAUACUGGAGAGAAACCAUUCAAAUGUGAUAUGUGUACACACUGUUUUACAACACCUAGAGGUUUAAAACGCCAUAUGUCGAGUCAUACUUGUGAAAAACCUUUCAAAUGUGAUAUGUGCACAAAAUGUUUUUCUCGGAGUUUCUGUUUAAAAGAGCAUACAAUGCUUCAUACUGGUGAGAAAGUUUUCAAAUGUGUUGUGUGCACAAAAUGUUUUACAGCCAAUAAAAGCUUGAAACGACACAUGUCUGUUCAUACUGGUGAGAGACCUUUCAAAUGUGACAUGUGCAAAAAAUGUUUCUCACAAAGUUCCAGUUUGAAAACUCAUAAAUUACUUCAUACUGGUGAGAAACCUUAUAAAUGUGAUAUGUGCACAAAAUGUUUUACACAGAUUUCCAGUUUAAAAAUUCAUAAAAUGUUUCAUGAUGGUGAGAAACCUUUCAAAUGUGAUAUGUGCACAAAAUGUUUUGUAACAACUUCAGACUUAAAACGUCAUAUAUUAUUCCAUACUGGUGAGAAACCUUUCAAAUGUGAUAUGUGCACAAAAUGUUUUAAACAGAGUUCCUAUUUGAAAAAACAUAAAAUGCUUCAUAAUGGUGAAAAACCAUUCAAAUGUGAUUUGUGCACAAAAUGUUUUACACAGAGUGCCCAUUUGAAAGACCAUAAAAUGUUUCAUUGUAGUGUGAAGCCUUUGAAAUGUGAUAUGUGCACAAAAUGUUUUACACAGGAUUCCACCUUCCAACUACAUAAAAUGCUUCAUUGUGGAGUGAAACCUUUCAAAUGUGAGGUGUGCACAAAAUGUUUUACACAGAAUUCCGACUUGAAACACCAUAUGUGCAUUCAUUCUGUUGAGAAACCUUUCACGUGUGAUGUGUAGAUAACAUUUUCCUUAAUGUUAUCUCAAGACAACAUACUCUGAUGCAGGAGAGAAACCUUUCAAAUGUUGAGUUUGCAAACACAUUUCAAACAGUUGAACGUUAAGAAUCAUAUGCCAUUUGGACAAACAUGUCAGUGAAUCUGCUGGUAAGACUUUCAAAUGAAAAAAUUCGUAUGAACUAUUUUUCAGAUCCGUUUAAAGACAUAGGCCGAUUUCAUAUAUCAGGGUUUCGUAACACUGGGUUAUAUCAAAACCUAGAAUUAACACUGGAUUAGGUAAUCUGGUGAAGAAGAGAACCCAAAGUCACACCUGUGGUCCAUUUUAUGUCCGUGUUUUACCCCUGUUUUGGGGUGUAUACCACCAAAUCAAAUCCCAUAGACGAAAAUAGUAACAUGUGGCUAAAAUAACUGCAUUUACAUGCAGCAUAUCGAUCGACAUACAGACAGAUAUAUAUAUAUAUAUAUAUAUAUAUAUAUAUAUAUAUAUAUAUAUAUAUAUAUAUAUACUACAACCCCUCACCCUUAAAGUAAAUCAGAAAAAACAAUCAAGGGCCAGUGGGUAAGUUGCUCGUUACAGACAAAACGGGUAGCGUCUACGAGUACCCUAGUUCUGCACAAAAAUUGUCAUACUAUUUCUAGUAGGACCCCACACGUUUCAAGCACAAUGGUAGUUGGCACAUUGACUAGUUCAAAUGUGGAAUGUGUUCAAAGAAUUUCACAGCCAAGAAUACCAUUAAAACACACAUGAGAAUCCACACUGGUGAAAAACCUUUCUAAUGUGAUGUUUGUAAAAUAACUUUCAGAAAUAAUUGUUCCUUAAAAGAGCACAAAAUGCGUGUUCAUACUGGCAAAAAGCAAUUCAAAUGUGAGGUAUGCACAAACGAUUUUGUACACUCUUGGGACUUAAAAUACCACAUGUUUGUUCAUACUGGUGAGAAGCCUUUCAAAUGUAAUAUGUGCUCAAAAUGCUUUGCAUAGUCUUAUUAUUUGAAGAUACAUAAAAUGAUUCAUACUAGUGAGAAACAUUUCAAAUAUGAUGUGUGCACAAAAUGCUUUAGACAGAGUUCCGAUUUCAAAGAGCAUAAACUGCUUCAUACCCGAGAGACACCUUAUGUUGUUUCAUACUCAAGAGACAUCUUUCAAAUGUGAUGUGUGCACAAAAUGUUUUACAGCUCGGAGAAGCUUGAAGUCGCACACCCUAGUUUUAGCCCGCGAAAAUUAAUUAUAAUUUUGGUUAAUCU